GAGGAAGCAGGAGGAGGAAUCAAGUUUAAAAAUGUGAUUUCAGAGCAAAUAAUAAUGUGAAAGGAUCGAGAUGCAGCAGCAAAUGUGUUCGAGUCCGUCCGAGGACGUGUUUUAAUUGAUUUCUGCGGAUUAUUCGUGAGUUGAAGUCGUCGAAACCUCAUAAAAUGGCCUCCGGUGAUGGGAUCCAGAUACCCAGCCACCUCCCGCUGCUGCUAACCCACGAGGGCGUGCUGCUGCCGGGCUCCACCGUCCGGUUCAGCGUGGACUCCCCGAGGAACAUGCACCUGGUCAGCCAGCGGCUCCUGAGAGGGACGUCGCUGAAAAGCACCAUCAUCGGAGUGAUCCCCAACACCAGAGACCCGGAGCAUGACACCGACGACCUCCCGCCGCUGCACAAGAUUGGAACGGCGGGGAUAGCGGUGCAGGUGGUGGGCAGUAACUGGCCCAAGCCCCACUUCACCCUCCUCAUCACCGGACUGUGCCGCUUCAGUGUGUCAAGUCUGCUGAAGGAGAGACCCUUUGUCCUGGCCGAGGUGAAGCAGUUGGAUAAAUUGGAGCAGUACACGACGCCAGCAACACAGGGUGUAACCGCUAAUGAUGGGGAGCUGGGGGAGCUGUCUGAUAAAUUCUACCAGACUGCUGUACAGUUGUUAGGAAUGCUGGACAUGUCCGUUCCAGUGGUGGCUAAGUUCCGGCGUCUGUUGGACAGUCUGCCCAGGGAAACUCUGCCUGAUGUGGUCGCCUCCAUGAUCCGAACCUCAAACAAGGAGAAACUACAGGUCUUGGAUGCGGUGAGCCUGGAGAACCGUUUUAAGACAGCCCUGUCCAUGUUGACCAGACAGAUAGAGGGACUGAAUCUGCUGCAGAAAACCAGGAAGAAGAGUCCUGAUAAUGAGAAGAGGGUGUUAUCGGUGCGUAAAGGCGGUGUGUUUCCAGGCCGGCAGUUCAAUGUGGAUGAGGAGGAUGAAGAUGACGGAGAUGACACCUCGGUCCUCGAGAGGAAAAUUCAUGCAGCAAACAUGCCUGAAGCUGCACUCAAAGUGUGUCUGAAAGAGCUCAAGAGAUUGAAGAAAAUGCCUCAGUCCAUGCCUGAGUCUGCCCUGACCAGAAACUACUUAGAUCUGAUGGUUGAGCUGCCAUGGAGUAAAAACACAAAAGACUGCCUGGACAUCCGAUCUGCUCGCACUCUGCUGGACAACGACCACUAUGCCAUGGAAAAGCUGAAGAGGCGUGUGCUGGAGUACCUGGCUGUUAGGCAACUCAAGUCUUCACUCAAGGGCCCCAUUCUGUGCUUUGUGGGGCCCCCAGGAGUCGGUAAGACCAGUGUGGGGCGCUCUAUCGCCAGGACUCUGGGCAGAGAGUUUCACCGCAUCGCUCUUGGAGGCGUCUGUGACCAGUCUGACAUCCGAGGACACAGACGUACGUAUGUAGGGAGCAUGCCCGGUCGCAUCAUCAACGGUUUGAAGACGGUGGGUGUAAAUAAUCCUGUCUUCCUCCUGGAUGAGGUGGACAAACUGGGGAAGAGCCUGCAAGGAGACCCUGCAGCUGCUCUGCUGGAGGUCCUGGAUCCGGAGCAGAAUCACAGCUUCACAGACCAUUACCUCAACGUGGCUUUUGACCUCUCCCAAGUGCUCUUCAUCGCCACCGCAAACACCACGGCGACCAUUCCCCCGGCCCUGCUGGACCGGAUGGAGGUGCUGCAGGUACCAGGCUACACUCAGGAGGAGAAGGUGGAGAUAGCUCAUCGUCACUUGAUCCCGAACCAGCUGGAGCAGCACGGAUUAACACCUCAACAGCUGCAUUUACCUCAGGACACCACGCAGGCUAUAAUCAGCAGGUACACAAGAGAGGCGGGUGUGCGCUCCCUCGAGAGGAAGAUCGGGGCCAUCUGCCGCGCCGUGGCCGUGAAGGUCGCUGAAGGUCACAGAGUUGCCAAGACAGAAGCACCAGUUUCCGAGGGGCCUUUAGAGCAAGGAGACAAAGCGGCGGCGCCCCCAGAGAUGCCCAUUGUGAUCGACCACAUCGCCCUGAAAGACAUCCUGGGACCUCCGCUGUUCGAGAUGGAGGUGUCAGAGCGGUUCAUCCUGCCCGGUGUCGCUCUGGGUUUGGCCUGGACGCCCCUCGGUGGGGAGAUCAUGUUUGUGGAGGCCAGUCGGAUGGAGGGGGAGGGUCAGCUCACUCUAACCGGUCAGCUGGGAGAUGUGAUGAAAGAAUCCGCCCAUCUGGCCAUCAGCUGGCUCCGAGCGAACGCUAAAACCUACCAGCUCACCAACAUGGUGGGGGGUCCAGAUCCGUUAGAAGGAACCGACAUCCACCUCCACUUUCCUGCCGGAGCCGUCACCAAGGAUGGCCCUUCUGCGGGUGUAACCAUAGUAACCUGCCUCGCCUCGCUGUUUAGCGGCCGGCUGGUCAGAUCGGACGUUGCCAUGACAGGAGAGAUCACGUUAAGGGGGCUGGUGCUGCCGGUGGGCGGGAUCAAGGACAAAGUCCUGGCGGCCUACAGGGCGGGAGUGAAACGUGUCAUCCUGCCGCAGCGCAACGAGAAGGACCUGGAGGAGCUUCCAGCCAACGUCCGAGCCGACCUGGACUUUGUCACCGCUGCCAACCUGGACGAGGUUCUGAACGCCGCCUUCGACGGAGGGUUUCCUGGGACGGACAGAGCGCACACGCCCCCUCAGCUGACCAGCAAACUGUGAGAGAGCGCUGGACGACUGGACGAGCGACUUCAAGACUGUUUGAGAUGAAAAGUAACACACAAAUAUUCAAACACUAAUUCAGCUCAGUUGAAUUUUGCUAAAUAAGCAAAUGAUUCUGUCACUUGCAGAUUUAGAAUUUUAUUAUCUGUGCAAUAUUUGUCACGACAGAAGAAUCUGAUGUUACAAGAAUAGUCAAAGAUUUAAUGAGGAAAACGUCGUAAUAUUUCAAGAACAAAGAAAAAGAGAGAGAAAAAAGAGAAAUUAUCUAGAAAAUUUGCAGCAGGGGAAAAAAAAUCCCAACUUUAUUCUUAUAAAAUUUAUUUUUCUCGUAAAAUUGUAGAUUUUUUCUCGUAUGAUGUUUUUAGUCUUGUAAAAUUACGGUUUAUUUUUUCUAAAAUUAUAAUUUUUUUUCCCCUUAAUAUUUGAACUUUCUCAGAAUAUCACAAUUUAAUCAUGUAAAAUUGUAAAUUAAAUCUUUCUUUCUUGUAAUAUUACUGCUUUAUUCUUGUAAAAUUAAUUUAUUUUCCUGUAAUAUAACAACUUAAUUCUCGUAAUAAAACCUUUUUCUUGUAAAAUUUAGAUUUUUUUUUUCGUAACAUUUCAAGUUUAUUUACAUAAAAUUACAACUUUUAAUGUAUUAAUCUCUUUAUUCUCGACAUUUAGGGAAUAACUCUAAGUUUCGUGUCAUCCAAACUCAUUUCCCAACUUUAUUUCUCUGACUGUUAUUGUGACGCCAGGUUGUGAUUCUGCUGAGGAUCUGACUAACAGCUGGAUGUGAGACAGAUGUGUGAUGUAGCAAACGUACUGACUUUAAAAACUGUGAUUUCGUACUAAACCAAGAUGCACAUGUGUCUGAUUGGAUCAAUUACGUUAAAUUAAAGAUGCUUAAAA